AUGAGGGACUUUCCAUCUUGCUUUGGGGAGAAUGGAGUUCAAGUUGCUGAUUCAUCUUGUUCGCGUGUAAACGUAAGUAAGGCCUCUCAGAACACUGUGACCUGCAUUUAUAGAUGUAAGCUGUUUGAUAAAUCUUGCUUGGUUACCGUUUUGUGGAGCAAGGGUUUGAUGGGCCAAUGCCUUAGUGUGGAAAUAGACGAUGCAUCUCAUCAGUUCAUUUGCAAAUUCGAUGUGAAGCCCUCUUUAUUCUCCAAAAGAAAAGGUUCCAAGUAUUUACAGCUGAAUUCUGCUAAAAUCGAAGUUUUUUGGGAUCUUUCGGUCGCGAAAUUCGGAUCCGGGCCAGAGCCCUUAAGUUCCUAUUACUUAGGGAUUGUGUGUAAGGGUGAAAUAGUUUUGCUAAUUGGUGAUCUAACUGAUGAUGCAUUUAAGAAAACGGGCUCUACCUCUCGGCAGUCGGGCUCGAUUCUUGUUUCCAAAAGGGAACAUGUCUGUGGAAAGUCGGUUUUCGGCACAAAGGUUCAAUUUUGGGAGAAGGGAAAAAUUCACGACCUGAAAAUUGAAUGCGACACGUAUCAUGGGGAUGACCCUUUUCUUGUGGUUCGUAUUGACUCGAAAACUGUAAUGCAAGUUAAGCAUUUGAAGUGGAAAUUUCGUGGGAAUUUCACGAUUAUUGUUGAUGGGUUGCCGGUGGAGGUGUUUUGGGACGUGCACAAUUGGCUGUUUAAUACGAGUUCAGGGAAUGCGGUUUUCAUGUUCCAGACGAGUUUAAUGGCGGAUAAAAUGUUCGUUUGCACGGAAGAGUUUAAAGAGGCUAAGUUUCCAGGUCAUGGAUUUUCUUUGUUUUUGUACGCUUGGAAGAAUGAAUAG